UGCGGCAAAAGCAGCGCGGUACGAGUCCGUUUGGGAUAGUAGGUAGGUGAUUUUUAACGCCUUUUUUCGUUAUUUAAUCAUAAACCAAUACGUAUUUUCCUCUUGGAAAAAUUCUAAACGAUAGUGCUGAAUGCUGAUAUACCACCAUGGAUUCUCAAGAAGCUGGAAAGAUGCAAACCAUAGAGAUUGAUAAGCUGAACAUUCAGCAGCUAAGCCAAAUGAAACAGCAACUUGACCAGGAAGUUGGUCUCUUCAAUGACUCCUUGCAGCAACUAAAGAUGGCGCAGCAGAAGUUUUCCGAGUCGCUGGAGUCGGUACAGCAGCUGACGCCGGACGCGGCCGGGAAGGAGAUCCUGGUGCCGCUCACCGCCUCAAUGUACGUCCCCGGCCGUCUGGUGGACCCCGAGCACGUGCUCGUCGACGUCGGCACCGGAUACUACCUGGAGAAAACCACAGAGGGCGCGCGGGAGUACUUCAAGCGGCGUAUCAAGUUUGUCACGGAACAGAUGGAGAAGCUGCAGAAGAUCGGCGCUGAGAAGCAGCGGGUGCGAGACGCGCUCGAUGAGACCCUCCAGGGGAAGGUACAGAUGGCCGCACAACAGCAGGCCGCGCAAAAGGCCGCCGCGUGAUGUGACCGGGCCGUCGGCUGCCCAAUAUCGGACUGACGGUGCUCUCCGUGUCGCGCCCAGUGGGACAGAGAGAGGCCUGUGAGGUGCGCGACUGACACGGCGAGGCCGCGCCGGUCGGCUGUGACGGGUGUGAGGCGGCACAGGGGCGCCCACCAUCAGCUGCGCCCGACGUCCGCCAUCUCGGCCAAUCGCUCAUUGGCCUGCAAUUGUCCUGUUUCCGACCGCUUGUUGCCACCGUAACUAUGUUUAACUUAAUUUGAAAAAUAAUACACAAUGCUUAACAAACUA